GCGUGCUGGUUGGUUGCGUUGCACUGCACGGUUUGAAUGAAGACAGGCGAUAUGGCCGAUCGUUUGUGAACGUUUGAAAUUUAAAAUAUUAAAAUAUAAAUGUGAGUUAGGUAGUCCGAUAUGGCAGAUCUUAAAUUACGUAUUAGUUGUGAAAGUAUGAGUUGGUUCAAAAAUCUGAGUUUUGUUUUUUGAGAAACAGGCUUUGGUUGUUUUACAAUUUUUUUUAAUAAGAUUUAAAAUUAAAUUAUUAACUAAAAGUUUAACAAUAAAAGUUUUAAACUAAAAUUAAAGUUUUGUUUUUUUCUUUUUUAUGUUUACUUUACGGAUUUUGAUUAGAAAUUGAAGCACUAAAAAGGCAAAUCCAUCAGAUUGGAUUAUUAUUAGUUUUAGAUUUAAAAAAAGAAGGGUAAGAUGUCAAAGUUCACCAAAUCUUUGAGCACAAUAGCCCUCUGUUCGGUGGCGAAUUUCAUAAACUCGGCUGACAGGGUGAUAAUGCCAAUCGCCAUCAUACAGAUGAGUUCUGAAUUCAGUUGGGACCUACAUGACCAAGGCUGGAUACACAGUGCAUUCUCCAUUGGAUACAUGAGUAGCAUGUUAGUAGGAGGCAGUGCCCCAAGAAAGUACAGUGGCAAGAAGGUGUUGAGUCUGGCAGUUUUUAUUUGGUCCCUAUGCACUUUCAUAACACCAUUCAUAAGUCACAUGUUUUACUUUUUGGUAUUCACUCGAGUUCUCUUGGGGAUUGGGGAAGGAUUAGGGCUACCAACGAUCUUUCACAUAUUUGCCCAUGUGCUGCCCGUAGAAGAACGAUCCAAAGGGUUUGGUUACCUGCUAGCACUCGGGUCCAUUGGUCAGACAAUGGCUACACUGAUAUGUCCACACCUGUAUUGGCCAUGGAUGUUUUAUUCAUUUGGGUCGAUGGGAUUCAUUUGGUGUUUCUUCUGGUUGGUCAUGUACAGGGAAGCUAGGGGCCCCCUCUAUGAAGAGGAGUUCAUCCAACCACCCAAGCUGCCAAACAGCAGUCCCCGUUGGAUAGAAUUCAUCUGCCACUGGCCACUCUGGUCCAUCUACAUUGCCCACUUCAGUAUGAACUGGUCCAACUACAUCAUUAUGCAGUGGCUGCCCACAUACCUGGCCACGAGUCUCAGUGCCAAGAAGCACGAGAUCAUGUUCACUGCACUGCCAUACUUCAUGAAUUCUGUCAUCGGUGUCGUGGCAGGUCACUUUGCGGAUGCCUUAAUAUUAAGGAAGUGGACGGUGUUGUCGGUACGGAGGUUGAUGACCGUGCUCGGCCUCAUCGGGCCUGGGGUCUUCAUCAUCUUCUUCAGUGCUGUCAACAAUCUCGUUCUAGCUGUUAUCUUCGUAUCAUUGUCAAUGGGCUUGAGUGCGUGUAACUCGUCGGGUCACCUGAGCAACCACGUUGAUAUUGCACCCAACCACGCGGGAAUCACGUUUGCAGUUUCCAACAUUAUCGCGACCAUCCCAGGAAUUAUGUGUGGUCCACUGACGGCUCACCUCGUCGUUCAGAGUCACGGCAGGUGGUUCCCGGUCUUCACGAUUGCUGCUGCCAUGAAUUUUGUUGGAGCCGUCAUAUACCAGAGCCAGAGUGCUGCUAGUCAAGUCUUAUAGUGGAUUCGUGUUUGUGGUGACGUUGUUUACUGUCAUUACUUCGACUGCUAGUGUAAUGUCUAAUUAUAGAAGAAUGUAUUGUAUAUAUAAACUGUAUUUAAAGUACGACCAGUUGAGUGUUUUUUGAAAAAAAACUCAGCACUUCACGAAUUUUGUUAAAUGUUCGAGAUGCUAGAACGUAUAUUUGCGCAAACAAGUAAAACUGAUUUGUUAUAUGACUUUAAAGACUAAGUUGAUUCGGAUUUCUGAAUUCAGGUGCAAUGUUCGUUUUAAUUUUUUAAAAAUAUUAAAAUACAUCAUUUAAAGGCUAAGUGAAUUGUGUUUAAAUUGCUGAUGGUAUCUUUCAUUUAUAAAUAAUUGUUUUACAAUCGUUGAUUUAAAUAAACACAAUAAUGUUAUAUACAAAUUUAUCCGGUUCCAAAACACAAUUUGAACUCUUGAGAUUAUUGUUCUAGGCGGUUUAUAAAUCCACCACAAUCUUGGUAAAAUUAAUUGUAUUAGUAAUUAAAACUGUAUAAAAAUAUUGGUUAUGAAUUGAAAUGAAAAUGCAUUUUAAUGUAAAUUAUUCCAGUAUGUUGCCUAUGUGUGGCCGUUUAGGGAUGUAAGCUAUGUUAAAUUCAUCCAUCUAUCACUGUACAUACAAAGGUUUUUGUUUAAAAAGUAUAUUGUUUUAUUAUUAAAUUUUUCAUUGUUUGCUAAUUAUAUUCAUCCCAUAAACUCAAAAUUAUUCAUUUAAAAUAAAUAGGUAAAAUAUUUUAUCCAUUUUAUUAUUUAUAACUAAUUAUUUAGCAUGUUUUAAUAAAAUGU